UUUUCAGCCCAGGCCUGUUUCACUUCAGGCUGUGCUGUGCCCUCCCAGCCUGGAGUGUCGCUGUACCGGCCUCUGCGCUCCACAGGGCACCUCCGGCGCUCCAGUAGAGGCUAGAAGCGGAGAGGCGGGGUGAAGGGUGGUGUCGCCGCGGUUUAGGGUCUACAGGAGGCCUGGGCGUCAGUGGUCAUUGCGUGAUGGCCGCCUCGGUGUUUUGCUGCCUGCAGUGCUGCAGAGACGGCGGAACGGGACACAUUCCUCUGAAGGAGAUGCCGGCCGUGCAGUUGGACACCCAGCACAUGGGAACAGAUGUUGUUAUUGUAAAAAAUGGAAGAAGAAUAUGUGGAACAGGAGGUUGUUUAGCCAGUGCACCAUUACAUCAAAACAAAAGCUACUUUGAAUUCAAAAUCCAGUCCACAGGAAUCUGGGGUGUUGGUGUUGCAACUCAGAAAGUUAACUUGAAUCAGAUUCCUCUUGGCCGAGAUGUGCACAGCCUGGUGAUGAGAAAUGAUGGAGCUCUGUACCACAACAAUGAGGAGAAAAACAGGCUGCCAGCCAACAGCCUUCCACAGGAGGGAGACGUGGUGGGUAUUACAUAUGACCAUGUAGAAUUAAAUGUAUAUUUGAAUGGAAAAAACAUGCAUUGUCCAGCAUCAGGUAUAAGAGGGACAGUGUAUCCAGUUGUUUAUGUUGAUGACAGUGCAAUUUUGGAUUGCCAGUUCAGUGAAUUUUAUCAUACUCCUCCACCUGGUUUUGAAAAGAUACUAUUUGAACAACAGAUCUUCUGAAUGUAUUUGUUUUUGAAACAUGUAUUUCUGCACUUUUAAAAGUGUUUACCAUUUAAUAAAGCUUUACCUGACUAUAGAUGAAAAUAUAUUCUUAAAAAUAUGCUUGUUAAUGUUGGUUAAGGAACCAAUAUAUUCAAUACACCACCCAGAAAUUGUGAUUUAAAAUACUUAUGAUUUAUGACAUGAAAUGAGCACUUUGGGCUGUUUAUUUAAUUCUUAUUUAAAUAAAUAUAACUAUGGGCAGUAUCAAGUGGAAAUAUGUAUAUAUAUAUAUAUUUAAAAGGGAAUUUUUAUUACAUAAAAUAUUUGUUUUGAUAGAGACAUAGAGUUGGGUGGGUUUUUGUUAAAGCUUAGAUUUCAUCAACUAUUUUAAGACUGCAGUCCAAUAAUUUUGUGCCUCGUGUCCUUUUUUAUAUAGACUAUAAUAAAUCAACAAAUUUGUAUUACUGGCAACUUCAUUUUUUGCGAUCUAUUUACUAUAAGAUACACCACUUUUCUUAAAAUUUAAAUUGCUUAUUUUGUUUGUAUAUCAUUGCUUUUGAUUUGCUUUGUGAAAGGAGAUAAAUAUCAUAGUAAUUGUUAUUUUGUUGAAGACCAUUAUGCUGUGUUACUUCAAUACCAGAGUAAAUAGUGGUUGAUCCAUGAUACAAGGGGAACGCCCCGAAAAACCAGAAUUAUAUUCUUGAGGGCAGGCCCCUUGUAGCACAGGCUUCCCCAAAUAUGUGAGUGUUCUAGGAACCCAUCUGUAUCAGUGUACCAGCUGGCAUUGUUGUGGCUGCAUUCAGUUUUUGUGAAUUUUUUAUGAAGAUUCUUUCAAUAUGUUUGCCCAUUUUAUGAUGAGUGAUUUAUGAGCAUAUCUGCCCACACCACACUGAGCUUUCAGCAGUUAGGACCAAAAACAGGCAUGACCCUUGUGCCCAUCCUCCCUAUUCACAUCAUCUCACACUGAGGAACUCUUUUUAUUUUGUUUGUUUCCCUGGAUGAAAAAAGUCCUGAAGGAAAACAUAUUGCUGAUGUGGAAGAGGAAAAACAAAAAAUGGCGGAAGCACUAAAAAGCAUCAAAAUCGAGUUCAAAAACUGUUUUCAGCAGUGGAAAAAAUAUCUCAAUAGGUGCAUUGCAUCAAAUGGAGAGUACUUUGAAGGUGACUGAAGUUUAAACGUAAGAAUAAAUGCAGAAUUUUUUAUAUAAGUGGUUUUUUUGGGGGGUGUCCCCCCUUAUAUAGCAC